AUGGAUUUAGGUCCGUUAGAAGACAUGGAUGUGCAGAUGGCUCCUGAUAUUCCUCCUAUUCAUGUUACAAAUGAUAGACAAGUUCGGAACUUGAUCGCGAUAAGUAAAGCGCAUGUUGUACAUUUUUGUCUAUCAAGCCGAGGCAAGACGAGGAUUGUUGGUGAUGCCAACAUUAAUGGAAACCAAGAUGGUGAAGAUGUUGAUGAAGUUUCAGAUGAAGAGGAAGAAGAAGAAGAAGAUUAUGAAGAUGUUAAUGAAGUUAAAAAUGAAGGGGAGGAGGAUGCUAAUUUCUCCGAUACUGCUGAAGUAGAUGAUGAGUUUGCAGAUUACAGUGUGUAUGGCAAAUUUAAAGAUGAGGAUGACGAUGAGGAAGAGGCAGAUGAUAUUAGUUUUUAG